AUGCACGCGCUCCAGCAGAAAUGCCGGCCCAAGCAUCAGGUCCUUGUGCUCAAGUGCUAUCCCCGGACGUCCAAGGGGGCUGUUGAUGUCAAGCCCAACUCGUCCGAGCUGAGCUAUCUUCUGUUCUAUGCCACCUCGCGCAGGACAAAGAUCCAGAAGGUUGGCAGCUUCCUGGAGAAGAAGACGGCCAGUGAUGUAUGGCGCCAGCGUAUCGGAAAUGUCCAGGUUACGCUCCAGAUCCUCGAGGCGCUGAUCGAGAAGAGCCCCAAGGACCUGCCGUUGUUUGCGCCAUCGGUGCUCAAGAUCCUCGACCUCAUCCUGCGGUCCGGCGACAUUACAAUGGUCGAGUCUUCCAUUCCCACGUUUGACGCCUUCUGCCAGAACCACGACGCCUCGUCGCUAUUUGCCGAUCAGCUCUACCUGGGCCAGUACGAAGCCAUCGUCAAGCAGUAUGCGUCCCUGGCGUCGACCCGCGAGCCGCAAGGGGGGGUCAAGAACAAGCGGAGCAAGCCGGUGGCGCUUCGGUGGAGGAAUGCGGGCCUGGAGGCCAUCAAGAGCAUCGCGGCCUCGGAUGCGCUGUCAUCUCCAGCGGGGCGGCAGAUCGACACGCUGGUGCCGAUGAUUCUAGAGAACCUAUGGACGGACGACGAGGAUUCCCUGGACGUGCUGCUGCGGCGUGCCAACAUGGAGGAGAAAGUGAGCACAGAACACCUCCUCAAGAGAAGGAACAGCAGCGCGACGGCGAGGACGGCCGAGGGCGAGGGCGACCCCAACCCGAUCGCACUGUCUGGGUCAGCAGGCGACGUGGAGAAGAUGGAGGAGGAAGAUGCGGGCGUGCUGGCUAUUCAGUGCCUGAAGCAGAUCUUUGUUGUGCCCAACAGGUCGCAGAUGCAUACGGCCACCACGGCCCUGCUCCGAUUUACCGAGGAGCGCAUCCGACAGGACGAGAUGGUACUCAAGACGAGCGGUGGCGGCGGUGGUGGCAGCGGCGGGAGAGACCACGGCUGGGCCAUCAAGUUGUACGGCCUGGUGGCACGGUGGGCUCCCAUGCAGGAACGAUAUGUGAUCCUGGUCAACGCCAUGGACACGAUGGUGCGCACGCCCAUGAGGGACGACACCCUUCGCCACCACAUUGUGCUCACAGCCAUGAUGGGCUCUCUGCUGCGGUCCGAUGUCAACCUGAUUGGGCUCAGCGUCAUGGAUGUGCUGCUGGGCCUGCUCCAACAGAUGAGGAGGCUUCUGCAGAUGCCUGGUGAUCCGACGGGUGGCGGCAACGGCGCGACAAGGACAACAAGUGGCAGCGACGAGGACGAGGAAAAGGGGACAACAGCGACAGCGGUCGCCACACCAAAUGCACAGCGCAAGGAGCUGCUAGGCCGGAUCCAGCAGACCAUGGGCGACCUGGCAACGCAUGUGUACUACAACGAGCAGAUCAUCGAUAUGGUGUCUGCGCUCCUUUUGAGGCUGAAGCCGUCCAGGACGCCAACCUCGACCCCCCACGGAGAAGUCCUGACGGAUACAGAGACCAGGUCGGACGAGCAGGGGCAGCAGGGGCAGCAACACCUCGAGUCGUCGCUGUUCUCACUUACCAUCGCCAAACUGACGGCACUGCGGGCCAUCAAGCUCAUCCUACGGGUGGCAAACCCAAAGGUCAAGAUGAGCGGCACCAUCAGCCUGUCCAGGUAUCCCGUGCCCAUGGAGAAGUGGGACGGCACCCAGUGGCUUUUGAGGGACCCGGACGGAGAGGUCAGAAAGGCCUAUGUCGAUGCCCUUGUUACGUGGCUUGACCGGGAGACCAACAAAAAGGAUCUGGUCGCACGAGAGGACAGCUUUCCUCCCUCCAGGGCGGCAUCCAGGACGGAAGCCCUGAUGGCGAUGACGACAACGUCAACAGCAGUGGAUGCCAGGCGGGCCCGGUCAGUAGCGGCAGCAGGGUCCUACAGAGACAAGUCCUCUAGGAGACCCAAGAGCCACUUCCUUCACCUGCUCCACGUCACCAUCUACGACAAUGCACUGCAGUUUCUGGACUACGACGCGGACAUUGUGCUCCUGCACACCCUCAACACCAAACUUGUCAUGCGCCUCGGGGUCAACGCGGUGCGGUUCGGGCUACCUAUGAUCUUCCGGCUGCAGGAGGAUAUCCAGGAGGUGGACACUCCGCAACAAAAAGUCCGCCUGGGCAGCCUGUGCCACGGCUACUUUUGGAUCCUGACCGAGAAGUUUGACUUUGACGCCUCCGUGGUCGGCAGGGCCAUCCAGAACGAGAUCAUCCGCCGCCGGACCAAGCACUUUUGGGUCGACGGGGUUCAGGUUCCCGCACCGCCGCUGGACAAGAUCGGGACGCCGGGCAUGCUCGCCACACAGCAGACCAAGCUGUCGCCCGAGGAGGCAGAGUCCGAGGCACUGCUCCCCUUUGACGACCGCCUGUCUUUGGUCGACUGUAUCUGCACCAGCUACCAGGAAGGGUCCGGCGGCGGCGCCAUGUCUCCACCGAGCAGCCCUCCAGGCUCGCCCAGCCGUCAAUUCUCCCAGCCCAUGCUCGGCUCCAGCCUGACGGCGAGCCCCACUGCUGCUGCAGGCACGUCCUCUACGACCCGAGAAGUCCCGUCUAUCUUCAAGGAGGCCAUGUUGUUUGACUGGUCUCGUGACUCGGCUAUGGCUGCCAUCCAAGCCGCCAGCAAGUCUACCUCGUUGAAUGGCUCUCGUUCGGGCACCAACGGGGGGACGACCAGCCGUGGUCGCCUUGGUCUUAAUGGUGCCGUGGCGAACGGGACGGGGAACAGCAGGGCAUUGUUGGCCGACUCGCCUUUCCAGAGCACAAAUGACCUCCGUCCGCGGUCACAACCAGGGCCAGAGAUGGCGGGGGCGGGACGCACGCUCGCGCUACCCAUAGGAGGAGGAGGAGGCGGCACGGGCUCCAAAGUUCGCAGGACGAGUGGCGGCGGCUUUGUCACGUCCAUCAGCCACCUAAAGAUGGUCCUCUCGGGCGAGGUCGAGGCGCCACCGCUCACGGCGGGUGUGCGCGACAUGUCCAGCAGCGACGACAGCAUGAUCAGUUACGACAUGUCCACCUCGGACAUGUCCUUCAACCCU